AUAAGACCGUGCUGCGCCUGCGCUGCGCAGCUCCAGCACCACAGCACCAGAGCUCGAUCGACCUCCCUCUCCAAUGCCGUCUUUCAUCGACGGCCCCACUUUCCGGGCGCUGCUCCGGCCGUCCACCAACGGGCGCCGGACCAAGAUCUCGGACAGCGGCGGCGGCGGCGGGGGCAUCUUCAAGAUGUUCAAGCUCAUGCCCAUGCUCUCGUCCGGGUGCAAGAUGGUGGCGCUGCUGGGCAAGCACAACAACCGGGCGCUGCUGGCCGACCACGCGACGACGGUGACGCUGUUCGGGCCGCGCCGGGGCCGCGUGAGCCUGGCCAUCCACGAGGACACGCGCGCGCCGCCGCUGUUCCUCAUCGAGCUGCCCAUGCUGACGAGCGCGCUGCACCGGGAGAUCUCGUCCGGGGCGCUCAAGCUGGCGCUGGAGAGCGACACCCGCAGCGCGCGCCGCCGCCUCGUGGAGGAGUACGUCUGGGCCGUCUACUGCAACGGCCGCAAGGCCGGAUACUCCAUCCGCAGGAAGGAGGCCUCCGACGACGAGCGCCACGUGCUGCGCCUCCUGCGCGGCGUGUCCAUGGGCGCCGGCGUGCUCCCGGCCGCCCCCGAGAAGGAGGGCGGCGUGCCCGCGGGGCCCGACGGGGAGCUCACGUACGUGCGCGCCCGCGUCGAGCGCGUCGUCGGAUCCAAGGACUCGGAGGCCUUCUACAUGAUCAACCCCGAGGAGGGCGGGAACGGCGCCGAUAAUAACGGGGGCGGUGGAGGCGCCGGCGGCGCGCCGGAGCUGAGCAUUUUCCUAGUAAGGAUGAAAUGAAUAAACCGUCAUAUUAUUACUGCUACAGCAUAAAUAUAUAUAAAUAUAAUAGGGUGCUAUAUUGUUUUUUACACACACCCUUGUGCCUUGUUGCACACAGCAGAUGUGUUCUAUGAAACUGUCCAUAGAUCGAGUUUGUAAUCUAACUGAUGUAUAUCUCCAUGUUAGAUAAUUGAUUUUGUGAAUCGUGCUGAGAUCAAAUCCGGGGUGCAUAUUGUUCUUAGCGGAGUAGCAAGAACAUUAUUAUAUAUGAAAGAGAGCGGUACUUCAUUCGGUUGA